AUGUGCAAGGUUGUUCCCAUCCCCGAAGCCAUUGCAGAGUCGCCUACGUUUAGGCGCUGCGACGACAUCCUCCUCCUUUACGACUCGUUUGGCGGCCUCCCCGUUCCUCUCCCUCACAACGCAGUCGUAGAGGUUCUCGCCCUCGUUGAAGACUUUCGCACCGACGACGGCUCUCUUGUCCCCUUUGUCGAACAGUGGCAAGCAGCAGUUCUCGGCUUUCAUCUCCAACGCAAGCUCUCACCAAUGACGACCCCCGUCGACUUCAAGCACAACCCCGCCGAGCGUGCGGAGGCCAUCCCCGGCGACGAGUCGCCCUUCUCCGCCGCCGACACCGGCGCCCCGGCCCCCACGCAGACUGAAACCGAGGCUGCCAUGGUGCCCGUUGUCUACGCGCCCGAAACCGAGCCGCACUCGGAGAACCACGAGAUCUUCUCACGCUCGCCCCAGAAGGAGGCCUCCCCUCUCAUGCCCCCUGUCGUGUGUGUCCCCGAAGUGGACCCCCAGCGCGAGAGUCCAGAGCACAGCCGCAAUGGCACCCCGGCCCCCGUGGACGUCGAGGCCGAGCUCCAGGCGGUUGACGCCAAGGUUGCGGCCAUCCCCGUGGCCUAG